ACGAUCUCCGAGCGUGGAAUUGGCUGGUGUUGCGUUGUACGCAUGCGCCUUCCGGGAUUAAUGUCAAGGCACAAAAGUGGCGCUACACUGUGUCGAGCUCUACUCCGGUAAGAAACACCCUGGUCUCUUUCAAAUUCCCUCUCACUUUUCAUAUAUUGCUUCUCAAAGCCCUCAAAGUGGAAAGUUUGGACAACUUUUUGUCGUCGCUUGGCCUCGCUGGGCCUCCCCUUACCUCCGACCGCCCGCGUGUCUUGACACAGGCGACGAGGACACACGUUAAAGAGUUGAAUGUGAACGAUGUGUGUCCCCAGUAUUGUUCAUUUGGAGCCCUAAUGGCGGACGCUAGGCACUAGUUUCCCGCUGGGUGGCGACGGUGGUAAUGGUGUAACGAGGGGGAGGGAGGGCUCUUGUUAUGUUGAUGGAUAUUGCCUUCGUCUUCCAAAAAAAUCAUGAACGACACGGUGGCUGGCGUCGCUUGUUUACCGCCGCAUGACACAAUCGAAUCCCGGUUCAUGUGAUACGUAACGCCGGCGGUGGGGGGUGGCCGUGGUGCUGGGGAAGGGCGCCCCUACCGGAAGCUCGGUGCCAUCGCAGCCUGAUUGCGCCACGGUUGGCGGCGAACUUCUCAAUUAAAUCAGGUAGACCCUGAAAUGGCAUUUGAAUCCCACCGUCGGGUUAAGUUUUGCUCCGUUUGAGCCCUUUCACGCGGGUAGAUGGCGUCUUGUGACGUUGCAAACCUCGGGUUAUUGUGCGGGGUUGCCCACAAUGGCGCAGUUUGACCACGUUUCUCGGUGGACCCACGCACACACACAAGUUGGGAUAAGCCCCCUCACUGAGGAUGAGUUUGCACAGUUUGAAAGUUUUUGGACCAACCAAGUUGGUUUCGGGCGGGUGCGUUCGACCAUCCAUCGAAGGUUGGAAUUGGUGAUAAAGGCUCGCCCCAGAGAGUUGAACGUGGCGCCACUUGUGACCGGUUCCUCGCGCGCGCCAGCGCCUACACACACACACACAUUAAAUAACCGGAACGGACGCCAUUUGCAAUGUAGGCACGCUUUUGACGCCGUUGCCGCUACCCACUCCUCUUGCUUCUGUGUUUUUGUUUAGCGCUAGUCGUGCAAAUGACGUCACUGAGGCACCAUGACGACAUGCUCGGGCGACCUGGUGAUUACGUCACAAUGCCGUGGGGGAGGGGGUCAUUUGAUGUCUAUUUUUGAUUCACGUGUUCUGCAUUGCAGCCAGCUAUCCACUAAACUGCAGAGAGAGUCGGGCACCUGGUAUGUGGUAUGCUCGGGGAAGAGGCUAAUAUUUUGUACCUUUCUUUAUUGUUAUAAUUAUGUUUAGAAUUUACUCACCGUGACUGGAUGUGUUCAUUUGCUCAUUUGUAGAGAGUGCCUAGCAGCCGUGUGAGACUUUUACUUGGGACUUGGUCUUUAUUUUUACAAUUGUCUUGCAAAUCCCAUUUUAAACUUUUAUAUUCACGUUUGUUUCGUAAUUCUUCAGAUGGGCUUGCUACUCCACUGGUGCCUUCUUAGCAUACACUUUGGGGUAAGACAUUUACGAUGGGAGAGUCCUUUUUAAAAAUACAAUUUCAGCCUUCACAGACAGCGAGAUUUGCUUCUAUUUACCAGACAUGUUUUAAGAGCAUGUGCUGAGGAAUGUGCCGUGCCUCGAUCAGUAACGUUGCUAAGCGGGGCAUCCCGCGCUGUACAUUUUGUUCAUAAGCAAGGUAGAGGUGGCAGUUAGUUCCUCGUUACAAACGCCUUUUCGCUAUUUUGCGGGGGAAAUCUAGUCAUUGUAAUGAAGUUUACGUUAUUCAUGUAUUCGUUGUAAGCAAUAUCGGCAAAUGGAAAAUGAACUAUGUGAAAUAGGGACUUUGUAAUGUGAACAUUAUAGGGGUGAAAACGUAAAAGUUGAAAAGAGGUUCGACUAGUUGUUUAAUGGCUGUCUCACGGGUGGGUAUGUGUGUGUCUGUUUUUUGUUUGUUUUUGUUGUUGUUUUUUUGGUGUAUUCAAUAUUGCGCAUUUCCUUGAUGCAAUGACACAGUGUCAUUUGGUGUGAGUCGUUAACUGGGGUGAGUCUUUUAUUUGCACAAGAUCUGCAAAUAAUGUAAUGUGGUGUCAGUGUUUAUAAAAAAAAAUUGGGGGGUAUAUUAAGUAAUGUAUAGAGUGGACUUAGUCUCUCAACUGCAGAAAGCAGACGUCAACCUUGAAUGUAAGAUGUUUACUGUCGGUCUUAAUCUGUGCAAAUGUAUUAAUUCACUAAAUAUAUGGUUGAAAUGUUUAGCUUGCUUUGACUUGCAACGAUAGGGCAUUUUGUCUUUUUCUUAAAAACAUCAGCUUUACAGAUGUCUGCUCUUAUUGUGGUCAAGGCGUAGUUUCACGCACAAAUGUGUUUUUGUAUCUCAAAUAUUACAACGCGUGAGCUGUUUAGUAUGCUAUGCUCAAGAAUCGUCCAGCAUAGUUGUUUGUUGCACAGGUCAGCUUUACAGAUGCCACGGCUACUGUUGACCAUUUCCGGCCCCUUUCACACUGCCUUUAAAAGCCCAUCCCCCACUGACAUGUCACUAUCACGUGAAAGGGCACAGUCACAGCGUACACUUAAUCGGCCGUGUUCUGUGUGAAAGCCACAUGCACUGGCGGCCAUUUUGUGGACACUGUCAGUCAUUGAGGUAAAUCACAGUCGUAGCAUACCACUCAGGAAACGGGGGUUGAGGGGAUUUGUUGACUGGACGUGAGGUCAAUGCGUGCGUGUGUGAGCGAAAACAUCAGCUUCCUGCUCCCAAGCAUGGCAGGUCACACUUCCUGUCACAUGUUCAACGCCCCCCCCCCCCUCACCCCCAACUCUGUGGAGGAUCGUUUCUCACUUCAAAAUGGCCCCACGCCAAACUGCUGGCCUGUCCAGGCAGCACGUCUGAGCGCACGAGCGACACAAUCGAUUAAUCAUGCCUGUGAUGCGUUAAGGGUCGGCUUUUGAUGCAGCAGCUUUUGCCGCCGUCAGCCUCGUUAGCACGUGACAUGAAAGGCAAACCCCCUCCUCCUCCAAUUCACUACAUCCCAUCCUUCCCUCCCUGUUACCAGCCCGUUGAUGCAUAGGAAAACGACACAUGCCAGCUGUAGAGGUAAGCGAGUGCGUCCCCGGUGGUGGGCCUUGCUAUCACCAUGGCAACCAAGGUGUAGCUUCAUGGGUUACCAGGGUAACAAGGGAGGUUUAAAAAAAUGGCACGGGGAGCAGGUUGAGAAGGGGAACGAGAUUGGCAACGUUGGCUGUAGGUAGCACAGAGCCUCACUUUGUCAUCGCCUGUGCAUAUUCUGAAAGUCGUUUGUCGGCUCCCGCUGGAGUGUCACAGAUUUACAGUGCGAAGCAGAGGCGGAAAGAAAUUGGAAUUACACAACCCCCUUUUCACACGCACGCUUCAAAAUCAUCCGUACAUAAUGGUAGCACUGAGAUUUAAGUGCAUCUUCCCACAAUCAGACUGGCCAUCCAAGGCAAUGCUUUCAUAUCUCACGUGUAAGAUGCAGAUACGAAACCAUGAAUUGAAGUCAACAACAUUAUUCAUCUUGUACGAUGAAUUUGUUGUGUUCGAUGAACCCCUUUCAGACGUGUCCUCAAAAUUGGCAUAUCUGUAUCUGCAGCAGCUGGUCUCAAGGCAAAGUGUCUCAGAGGAAAAACAGGUUUCUACCUAAUUGCCCUUUUCUGCGGGGUGGGAGGGUUCCCAGGUGGUUGCCUUAGCGAUGGACGGGGUGUCAGAACCCAACCCUGCUGUUCCGGGGGAGGAGGUGGCAACGGCGGGGACAGCGGCAGCAGGGGAGCACGUGGAGGCCGCGGAGGCGCCCACCUUGGAUGCCCCCACUGUGGAAGCCCCAGAGUCGGUUACCGCGGCAACAGAUGACGACAAGUCACCAAAGAAGGGCGGCGGCGAGGAGGACGACGACGUGGUUCUAGUAGAGGAGCGGGCCCCCGAGCCGCCGCCUUUGAAGGAGUGUCCGGAGGGCCACGCUGACAUGGAGACGCAAGGCAUGUCACCCACCGAGGCGACGCCCACAGCCGAGGCGGCGCCACCCUCGGAGGUGACGCCGCCCGCCGCAGCGACGCCCGAACCGUCCGAGCCCGCCAACCCUGCCUCGGCUGCCGAGCCCAUCGUCAUCGACGAUGAGGAAGAGCCCGAGAAGAAGCAGGAUGACUCCUCGCCCUCUGCCCUGAGUACCACGGAACCACAUUCGGAUAUACGCAUUGCCAACGUCACCACACUGGGCCAGAAAAGGGGCGCCGGGGCUCUUCCAGAAGAUGCCCAAGCCGACUUGCUGAUCACCUCUGUGACAUCGCUGCAGGGAGGGCCAAUGUCGGUGGAUGGCGCGGCCGAGGAAAACGGUCUGCAGAUCGGCAGCGCCUUCAGCCUGACUCCCGACGGCACGUCCAAAAGACCGAGCGCUUCCUUCAACCCCGGGCGGAGUUCAGCGGUGCAAAAUGGCGACGCGGGGACACACAACAGAACAGACUCGUGGAUCUCCCAGUCGGCGUCGGUGCCUCGCAACCAAAAGCAGACGGGGGUGGACUCUUCUUCCACCGCCACUUCCCUGCCCAAACCUCCAGGACAAUCUUCCUCUUCCUCGCCGGGCACCCAGCCGCAGCCACGAACGGUGAAGGUGACAUGUGCAAACUGUAAGAAGCCUCUGAAGAAAGGUCAAACGGCGUACCAGCGCAAAGGGUCGACGCACCUCUUUUGCUCGACCACCUGCCUCUCCGCCUUCUCGCACAAACCCGCACCCAAGAAAAGCUGUACCAUGUGUAAAAAGGACAUCACCAACAUGAAAGGUACCAUCGUGGCCCAGGUGGAUUCGAGCGAGUCCUUCCAGGAGUUCUGCAGCACUGGCUGCCUGGGCGCCUAUGAGAACAAGCAGAACCCGCCCAAGUCUAGCCUCAAAACCAAAUGCACCGUCUGCGGAAAGCUCACUGAGAUCCGUCACGAGGUGAGCUUCAAGACGGUGACGCACAAGAUCUGCAGCGACAUGUGCUUCAACGUGUACCGCCGAGCCAACGGGCUGAUCAUGAACUGCUGCGAGCAGUGCGGGGACUACCUGCCCAACAGGGCCUCCGCCAACCACUUCCUGCUGGUGGACGGACAGCAGAAGCGCUUCUGCUGUCAGAAAUGCAUCAGGGAUUUCAAGCAGGCUCACAACAAGCUGGCGAACUGCCUGACAUGCAAGACGCUGAUCAAGACAGGCGAGGUGGUCUUGGGCUUGGGUGCCGACGGCGCCAUGGGCUCCUACUGCUCCACCAAUUGCAUGAACAAGGCCAAGAUGGCCGCCACCGCCUUCCACCACGCAGAGCCAUCGUGUCACUUCUGCAAGAGGAACGCUUUACCGCAGUACCAGGCAACCCUACCCGAGGGAAUCGUCCUGAACUUCUGCAGCUCGCAGUGUGUCACAAAGUUCCAGACGGCCACCAAUGGACAGACGACGCUGUCCACCACCAACAACAACUUGGUGCAGCUCAAGUGCAACUACUGCAAGGGGGCGUUCAGCGUCAAGCCAGAGACGCUGGAGUGGGAGGACAAAGUGUACCACUUCUGCAGCAAGGUGUGCUGUGAUGACUACAAGAAGCUGCAUUGCAUCGUCACCAUGUGCGAGUUCUGCCAGGAGGAGAAGACGCUGCACUCCACCGCCAACUUCUCGGGCGAGAAGAAACCCUUCUGCAGUGAAGGUUGCAAGCUGCUUUUCAAGCAGGACUUCAUCAAGCGUCUGGGCCUCAAGUGCGUCAGCUGCAACCACUGCAGCCAGAUGUGCAAGAGAAGUGUCACGCGCCAGCUCGGCGGCAUGACGCGGGACUUCUGCGGCGAGACCUGUGCCAAGAAGUUCCACGACUGGUACCACAAGGCGGCGCGCUGCGACUGCUGCAAGGUUCAGGGCCAGCUGACUGAGUCUGUGAUGUGGCGCUCGGAGAUGAAGCAAUUCUGCGACCAACAAUGUCUGCUCAGGUUCUAUUGCCAGCAAAACGAGCCCAUCAUGGCCACACAGAAAGGCCCUGAGAACAGCUGCACAGGCAUUGAAUCCCAAACUUCCAAACUUGGGCUAGUGAGCCAGAGCACGGCGGCGUACACAGGCGGCGGCCUGAUGAGGGACGUCAAAAACAAGGCAGUCCUCUGCAAGCCGCUCACCCUCACCAAAGCCACCUACUGCAAGCCGCACAUGCAGAGCAAGCCCAUACAGACGGACGUUGACGACGGAGUGAAGCGGGAGUAUGUUCCCGUCCCCAUCCCUGUGCCGGUCUUCAUCCCCAUGCCCAUGAACAUGUACUCGCAGCUGACGCCCACGCCUCUCUCAAUGCCUCUACCACUCCCCGUGCCAGUCUUCCUGCCCACCACCCUGCAGAGCACCGAGCAGAUUGUCCAAACCAUCCAGGAGCUGAGAAGCAAGACACCACCCUCGGCCCCCGUCGCAGCCCAGGAGGACCCGCCGUCUCCAACUGAGGUGCCAUCCGAGGACCAAAAAGCAGAUGUGAAGCUCGAGAAGGAGGCAAGUGAGCGUGAAGAUGAGGAGAUGAUCACCAUCAGCCUAGAGGAGGAGAAGAAGGAGGUGAAGAACGAAGGUGAUGUGGACUUGAAGAAAGAGGAGGAGGUGACGGAGGAGGAAGAGGAAGGAAGCUACAUGGACCUGGAGGAGGACUUCGCUCAAGCUUCCGCGUCAGUCCCAGAGGAUGGGGAGAAGCAGGAGGAGCGUGCGUCACGACCUCAACCAAGGACACGAGGGAGUAAGAGGCUGGCGGCGGAACGCAACUUGAUCAGAACCUCGUCGGUUCGCUCUCCGCCCUUGAUAGCUCGCUACGGCGUCAAUGCCUUCAGGCGCUGGAUGGGCUCCGCCGCGGACCCCCAAGCAUCCGAACCGGUGAAUCCAACAAGGAACGAUGUACUGAAAAUGUGCGCAGACGAGUUGAACAACAAGCUCUGCGGCUUCGUACGGGAGGUGUGCCGGCCCAAUGGAGAUCGAUACGCCCCAGACAGCAUUUUCUACCUCUGCCUCGGCAUCCAAAAGCAUCUUCACGCCAAUGGCCAACAGAGUGACAUCUUCAGUGACUCUUGCUACCAGGAAUUCGGGGAGGAGCUCAACAAGGUUCUGAAGGACUGGAAGCCCAGCCAGCUUCUAGAUGGCUCCCCGUGGAGCCGCGUGGACGAGCGAUGCCUGUGGACGGGCGGGCAUCUGGGCAGCACAACGCCUGCCGUCCUGCUGCGCUCGCUGGUCUACCUGAACGCCAAGCGCAUGCGUUUGCGUAGCACCCAGCAGCACCUGGAUCUGUCCUUCGCCAACGUGUACGGCCCGGACGCCAUGCACCCUGUCACCACCGGCAAGAGUCGCACUUGCGUACGCGUGCCUUCUCCUGUCUCUCAGGUUGAAAAGGAGUCUCGCAAGAGGAAGCGGGAGCAUCAGGACUGUGAAGAUGACGACAACACAGGAUCGCUUGGUCCCAUCACGGAGCAAGAGCGAGACCUUUUCCAGCUCUAUCGCUCCAAGUGCCCCGCGUUGUUGCUGGAGCGCUCGGACUUCUUCUACGCCCGGCCCGAUCCUGCCUGGGACGGGGACGGCGGCGCCUGGUUCACCACCACGCCGUUGGAGCACCACACGCUGGAGAGCCUGCUCGCCAGAAUGCUGCUGGUGCGGGACAUUUACACGGACUCGCAGGAGCAAGCGGAAGAGGAAGGCGGCGCCGAGUAGCACGUCUGGUUUGGACGCGUAGAUUGUUAGUAGAUCCGCAGGAAGGCCAUAGUGAGUAGCUCUUCCAACAUUUUCUCAUGUAAACCUCCCUCCUCCAUUCCUGCGGCGGAGCUCCAACGAGACGCCUCCCGCGAUGAGAAAAACUAUGGGAGGGGUUGGGCGUUGGUUUUCGGCGAUUGUUUCGGGGUGGGCGGGGCCGCAUCCAGACAGUUAUGGAAUGUUUUAGCCCGCUCAUGAUCCCGCUAUGCCGCCAAGCCCGAUUUAAAUGCCGGUGAUGUCGUUUGGAGCAUUAGUUCAGGCAAACCUGGUCUGCCUCAUUGUUGCUUUGAAAAAGACAAUCACGACAAAAGCUGUGAGCGUUUUAGCUCUCGCCUUAACAUACCAUUCUUUUUUUCCCUUUUUUUUUUCUCCCAAGUAUAUGCUUGCUUUUUAUUGGCCAUCUCCAGGGAGAAAAACACUUAUUUCGGAAGGCCAGAGAAAUGAAAUGGCACACCUGUGCUGAAGUUGCCACAUUUUUUAUCCUUUGACAUCACGGCCGUUGAGAAAUAGCACUGCUAUUACGCACCGUUGAAGCUUUUUGGAGGUGCGGGAAUUUUUUUUUUUCCUUCUGUAGAAAAAGUCCGAUAUUUCGGAAAGUACAAGUCUUUGGGCCCAGAGAAAAAAAAGCACGUCCUUAAGUAGCCCAAAACGAUGUCCUUUAAUUUACGGCGCAUCCAUUGAAGAAAUGGCACUACUAUUACACGCCCGUGGAACUUCACAAAAUCUAGAACUACGUGCUCUUUUUGUUUGCUUUUUUUCCCCUCCCCUCUUUUGAUGCAGGAAAGUCCAAUAUUUAAAACAUCAAAAUAAUUUGUGCUCAGAAAGUAAUAGUGCACCGAUCAUGAUAAAUUACAUGACGUCCAUUCUGAAUUAGCCACCCUUCUAUGCUUUGUCACAUCCGCAAAGAAUGACACCACGAUUAUGGACACACGUUGAAGUUGCAGAGUGACCUGCUAUAUCCAGCAAUGCUGUUUGCCCAGUGGAACUUCAAAUAUUUGGCCAUACCACGACUAUUCCGAACUGGAUGUAGAUUUUGCUUUCUGGUUGACAUCACAUCCGCUGGAGGGGAAAAAAAUGACAUUGCUUAUUUCCGUUAGAGAUUCGUGGGUUUUCCAGCGUUGCCAUAUUUGCACAAUAGCUUGAAACGUGCAAAUAUUUGGGCAGAAAAAAGUAAGGGCACACUUGCCCUGAUGAUUUUGUCAAGUGUUGAGGGAUGUCAUCGCUUUUAUUUACCGUUUUUUUUUUUUUUUUUUUUUUGUCAAUGUAUACAUUUUCCAUUGUCGCCGUUUGCCCACCUGCUUGUCAAGUAUUUGGGCUGAGAAAAGUAAUGGCACACCCGUUCCAAACUAGCCAUACAUUUGUCAAGUAAGUCGUAUCCGUUGAGGACUGCAGCAGCUCUUACACGCUGUUUAAAUAUUUCCAUUUUAAUCCUCACAAAAUUUUGAAAUACAUGCUUUUUUGAAGGAGCGCUUUGUUUGCAGUUAAGGUCCGGUACUUCGGACCAUACAAAUUUUUCGUAAAAUAAUGGCGCACUCGUUGUGACCUAGCCACACAUUGGUCAUUUGAAGUUGCAUUUGCUGAGGAAAUAAUAUGGGUUGCUUAUCUUUUGGUGAUGAAUUUGCUGUUUUGCGGAAAAGUCCAUUAUUUUGAAAUAUACGUGGAUUCGCGUUGAGAAAAGUAAGACCCAUUCUUAGCUAGACGUGCAUUUCACCCUUUGUUUGGCAUCGAAUCUGUAGAAAAAUGAUGCCAUUAUUAUAAACGUACAAACUCGUCGCGAGCAAACGUAUACCGCACCCAUUCCAAACGAGAUGUACUUUUGUCCUUUGAUGUUACUUUUCCUUUGUGGAGAAUUGAUGCCAUUAUUAUGUGCCGUUUAAAUGUUUGGCAAUUCAUUUAAUUUCUGUGGAUGGUUUAAACAUUCAGAACAUCAAAAUAUUUGAGCCGGAGUCAUAUACCACACCUGUCCAAAAAACAUCAGUUAUCCCAUCAAAUACUCCCCAACAAAUAAAAAACGACCAAUUUGAAAGCAGCCACAAUGAUCUUCCCAAACGACAUCACUGCAUUUCUUGGCAGGCUACGCUAGGCUAACAAGCUACGCAGUGAAUUGCGUCUCCCCGUUACAUGGAUGUAGUGUCGCACGCUAACCAGGGUCGGAUUGUUUUGGUGGCGUCUCUUCGACAAGGAGGAGUGGUAUGAACUUGGGCUAGUCACAAAAGGGACAAAAAAAAAAACACCCACCGUAUUUUUUUAAAAAGCAUAUUUAUUUCUUUGUGUUUUUCUCUGUGACCUUUUUUGUACUUAUUCUUCUUUUCCAAAACGCUCAUUUAAAAGAAAAUAAGCAGAUGCUCCACAAAACAACAUGAAGGAUGAGCUUGUUGCUUUGGUUUUUCAUUGUUCGGUAUUUCUUUACUUUCGUCAUUUGGUUUCUCAUACCCCCCCCGCCCCAAAAAAAAAACUAAACUCAGGUUUGCGUUGAAAGGAUUUGCCAUGAAAAUGACUUCAAAUUCGUAUUGCUACUUCCUGUAUUUGCCUGGUUUAAAACACAGCUGUCGAGCUUAAUUUGGAUGAAUUGCGGUAAUGAGUGGAGCAUCUUUUUUUCUGAGUUGACGACUCUUCGGUCCACCUACAGGGGCGCCGGUUGGGUUUGCGCCGCAAUACCGGACUCAAAUGGAAAAACCUUUAAGCGAACCCGUCGGGGCGGCCUCAGCGCCAACCCAGGUGUCGCCGCUGACUCGGGUGUGAAUGUGCCUCGGUGUGUAAAUAUGAAUGUGUGUGAGUGCGCGCGCACUCAUCCGCUGGUGUGCUCGUGUUCAAUAAAUGACUUUUUUUUUUCUAA